AACAACAAAAACUUUCACCAUCCAAAACUUUGGCUUCUCCAAAUUUUUACGUUUUCAAAAUGAGUUAUAAACAGAAAUUAUUCAGCAUUGCCGAAGCAGUUAAGGAGAUGCAUGCUGAAAAUCCCGGGGCACGAGAGAAACGUAAUGUCGAAAACCUAAGUCUCGCAGCGGAAACGGCCAGACGGAUGCCUAAAAAAAAUGCCGUUCUGAUUACUGAAAAUCACUUUGAUUGGAAAAAUCAAAACGAUGAUCGUUUUAAGAAAUUGAGUAAAAAUUUAGAAAAAUACGCAGUUGACGCAGACAGAAAAUCUAGGCAGAAGAACUUGAAUGAAGAACCAGCGGUAAAAACGAAAUUGCCUAGGAAACCGAUAAAAACAUCAGAUAAGAACUUUUGCGCUACGAGAACAGCUAAACGGACAUCUAGAAAAGCUGCAAAUGCUGAAACUGAAGAAUUGGUAGUUCGUUUAGAUGAGAAAAAACCAGUUCCUCAUGAGUUACCUCCACCGCACAAUUAUCCAGAAUUCAGAAAAAGAAAUGCUGAACUUAGUGCAAACAAAAUUAAAAGUGCAAGAGAAGCGAAGGAACUGAAAAACACAAUCUCUAACUAA